CGCUGAUGAGUCCGCAGGUCGCAGAGAUGCGUUUUGAAGAUUGAGGAUUUGAUUUACUAGUCGACCCCUCCCUCAGUAGUUCCUUCUCCUCCUCCACUCUCUUCCCCAUUUCUCCUUCUCAGCUGAAAUCCGAAAACCAGCAAUCAAUCCUCGAUCGAUCGAGCUAAGUUCCGCCGCUCCGAACGAUGGGAACGCUGGGGAAAGCUGUCUACACCAUCGGAUUCUGGAUCCGAGAGACCGGCCAAGCCCUUGAUCGCCUCGGUUCCAGCCUCCAGAGGAACCAUUCCUUCCGCGAACACCUUUCUAGACAUAGGACCAUCAUGAACGUUUUUGACAAAGCUCCUACUGUCAACAAGGAUGUAUUCAUUGCUCCCGGUGCAUCUGUCAUUGGUGAUGUUCAGGUUGGAAGAGGCUCAUCCAUUUGGUAUGGAUGUGUUCUGAGAGGUGAUGUGAAUAGCAUCCACAUUGGAUCAGGAACCAACAUACAAGAUAAUUCACUUGUUCAUGUCGCAAAAACCAAUCUAAGCGGAAAGGUUCUACCAACUAUUAUUGGUGACAAUGUCACUGUUGGUCAUAGUGUUGUCUUGCAUGGAUGCACGGUGGGGGAUGAGGCGUUUGUUGGUAUGGGUGCAACAUUUCUUGAUGGUUCUUAUGUUGAGAAACAUGCCAUGGUUGCUGCUGGACCUCUUGUAAGGCAGAAUACAAGGAUCCCCUGUGGUGAGGUAUGGGGAGGCAACCCAGCUAAGUUCUUGAGGAAGCUGACCGAAGAAGAGAUGGCUUUUAUCUCCCAGUCGGCUUUAAACUACAACAAUCUGGCUAAGGUCCAUGUAGCGGCGAACAACAAAGGGUUCGAUGAGAUCGAAUUCGAGAAGAUGCUGCACAAGAAAUUUGCCAACCGGGACGAGGAGUAUGACUCGAUGCUGGGUGUUGUUCGUGAAACACCCCCAGAGCUCAUCCUUCCUGAUAAUGUGAUGCCAUCGGAUAAUAAACUAGCCAAGACUGCUUGAGAAAAUCCUCCUGGUAGGCACUGUCUCCUCCCGAGUUUCACUUGACAGUGGACAAUUCUUUUCCCUUCAAAAGUGAGGUGACUUCUUUUUUCCAAUUGCAAUAACAAUAUGGAGGGGAUUAAUGUGCUCAGCAGGAAUCCUCUUGUGUUGGGAAAAAACUUUUAUUAGUUUCUGCUGCUUGAAAGAACUGAAAAAGAAUAAGCGAUCGAGCUUACAUAGUUCCGGAUGGUGUUUCUAGUCAUCCUGAAGAGCAGAAAGUGAGAGUGUCUUGCUGGCUGGCUGGUGUAUUUUGUACUUGGAAGAUUGUUAUAUUUGCUUUUCCCCUUAGAAUAAGACGAGGAUGUGGGC